AUGUGUUUCAAGAGGGAAGAAAUAACCUCGCACGAACUGUUCCCAUAUUUCAGACUCGACGUGCUCUCAAACUCCUCAAUGUUCGGAGCGGUGUACUCAAGGUUCCUUAACAAUCUGCUUAAAUCUUCAAAGGUUUUUAAAUCCACACGAUUGAAAAAUGGAUUAAAGCAUUAUUCAUUUUAUAGAGAUAAAGUGUCUAACGAAUAUUUAUCUUUGGAUAAUUAUGUGGAUGUUUUCUUUCCCGUUCUCAUGGACCAAAAGAGCUUCUUUCAGAGAGUACUGAACCUCUGUAAGAAUAACGACAAGCUAGAUGUCAUAGAAAGUAUAUUUAAAGACCACAGAGAACCAAAAAUGUCAUUAAUUCGUGAAUUAUUUUCUGUCAGAUGUACAUUUAUAAGAUCACAUUGGGGUUAUCUUGUGUCACGCGUAACUAAAAUGAAUACAAAAUCAACACUUGAACUCAUUAGUCAAAUAUGUGAACCCAAAGAUAUAAAAAAUUUCGACUAUCUUAAGACAGGAGAAGAUAACUUACAGUUUGCAGAAGCCCAUCAAGAAACUAUAAUGAACUUAUUUUCCCACGUUUAUAAAAUAUAUAGACGUGCUAAAGAAGAGGUUUAUGCUAAAAGGAGUUUAGAUCCUCUCGGAAAUCUGGGAAUAGUUAUUCUAGAGUCCAGACCUACUGAGGAUGAGUUAGCUGCAAUAUACUUUCUCUGUAAAUACCAUCUUAGUAAUAGGUUUGAGGACAUUUUAUGCCACUUCAUUCAGAUCGUAGACUAUAUAAACAGAAGAAUACAGACUAAAGAGUGCGAUUACAAAUCUAUGAAAAUGUUCAUUGAAACAGUAUGCAUAAUAUAUAUGAAAUACAUUGUGAAACGCUGUUUUCGAUUUGAUCGCAGGCUAAGAUUGAUAAUAAAAGAGAUUGUCACAGGAAGAGAAAAGAUUAAUAUGGCAAUAUCAAGUAAUGCUAGAGAAGAUUUAGCAAACAAGGGCCUGGAAAACUUCUUGAAGUUCUUAAAUAUUGAGUGCGAGGAUCCGAAAUCACAAGAUUUGAUUUACGGGAUUAUUAGGGAUUCAGAUAGCAUAUUUAUUUAUGACUUUAAAAAAGAACGCUUCGUUUGCGGAAACAAUGUUGAAGAAAUGGAUUUAAGGAAUUUUGAGGGAAAGUGCUUGGAUAAAGUAAACUCAUGCCACUUUAUCAUAUUUUCGAAUUCGUUUGACGGAGAAAAGACAGUGAAGGAGAAUAUCGAAUUUAUUGAGAAAAAUUAUCUUGGAAAAAUAAAGCAUGAACUUCUUCAAACAUUUAUAACACUUGAUUUACCCAAUUUUAAACAGAAUCCACCACAGCCAUUUGAUGAAUGUGUACUUAGACAAGGCAAGAUAGUUACACAUCCCAUCAAACAGCUUGAACUCGAGAACAACUUACUCAAGAACGAGAACGAAAACCUUUCAAAGGAACUUUUGGGUCAUUCUGACCUUUUAAAGGACUAUUUUACUCUAAAGGUUUACUCUCAAGACAAAGAACUAGAGUGCUCAAACCUUAAAAACAGAGUCGAGUCUUUAGAGAAAGAAAUUUAUAACCGUAAUGAAGUCGUUAAAAAGCUUGAAUCCCAACUGAAGUCCAAGCAAAAUUUUCAAAACCUUAAUCUAACUUCUGUUGUAACAUCUAAUAAGCCAUCAAACUUACCCGAAAGAUCACUUACCUCACCAAUUUGUUUAAGUACAUCCGACAAAACAUCUGGGUCUGGUUUCCUUACUGUAAACAAUGACCAGUUGUCUGAGCCUCAUUUGUUCCUUUCGAAAUUAAGGUCUGAGGUUCAUGGCUUAAAAUCUGAAAACCUGGCUUUGAAGGACAUGCUAAAUAGGACUGGGAAGGUAUAUAGGAAGGAGUUCGAGAGGCUUAAUUCUGAGUUGGAGUGGGCGAAGAAGUCCAAUGAACAACUUCAAAAAUACUGUUAUUUAUUGUCUAGUCUUGACUCUCAAGUAUCGCAGUCGGAGGUUUCCGACGAGAUUGAACGCAUUAUUAAAAUAAACCACUAG